ACUGUUCCUACAAUGUCAGCUAUCGCCAGUGUCGCAAUAAAUUCAGCCAAAGCUGCAAGCAAAAGCAUUGGCCCAAACCCCCUUUUCAGAGAACUUGGUGUCCACGCCCAGCAGCUCGCAAUAUGGGGUAUCGGACUGGGUAGCUUCCUCUAUUGGCCCAUCAUGGUGGCAAACGCUAACAGAAAGGGUUACUGGCACUUGUAACCGGAAAAACUGCUCUGGUGUGAUUUUCCGCGAAAUAAUUUUGCAUAUAUAGAUAAAGUCUAAUUAUCAAUCAAUAUUCUCGAUGUUUAUAAUAACAGGCGCUCUGGCGCUGCUUGUUCUGCUUGUUGUUUUCAGGACUCGCUUUGUUGAGUAUUCAGUCAGCUGGGACAAAAAGUAUCGCCUUCGAGAAGAUCUCUACCUGGCACCUGUCAUCAUCUAUCAAUUCGUCCGUCAUUUUUACCAUUGUUAUGUCACCAAACGCGUUUCUCUAUGGUACACCUUAGAAUACUCCAUGAAGAAGCACGCUCAGAAGACUGCCCUCAUAUUUUUACGGCCAGCGGCUGCCAAGGGCAAAUUUGACAUUGAGAAGUAUACCUAUGCGGAACUUUACGGGCUCGUUCUCCGCUUGUCUCAUAUUUUGAAAACAGAGUACGGAGUCGAAAGAAAUGACAUCGUGUCUCUAUAUAUGAACAAUAGCCCACUGUUCAUUAUCAUGUGGCUUGCGCUGUGGAAUCUAGGUGCAAUUCCAUGUUUCCAAAACAAUAACCUGGCCCAUAAAGCUCUGGUCCAUUCGCUUUCUGUUGUUGACUCUAGACUCGUUUUUGUGGACGAGGAAUGUCAAAGCCUUUUUGAUGAGACUAAGGACGAAAUCUCUGAAAAGAUUCCUGAUUUGAGAUGUAUCUAUGUUGAUCAAAAGCAGUGGCUCAAGAGUAUCGAAAAUCCUUCGUCUCCCAGUUUCAGACUCGAUAACGCAGAACGUGAUAAAAAUCUGCUAUACUACAAUCCUGCGGUUCUGAUUUUCACUAGCGGAACCUCUGGAUUACCAAAAUCUGCUGUCAACUCGUGGCGAAAAGUAUUCUUUGCUUCAUUUUUUUUCCCCCAUGCCAUGAGACUGAGCAGUUCCACCAACAUGUACACCGCCAUGCCACUAUACCACGGUACUGCGUCCAUACUUGGUGUGCUCCCGAUUUUGGCCCACGGUGGCACGCUUUCUUUGGGCACUAAAUUUUCUCUCUCUUCCUACUGGACUCAAGUCAGACUUGCCGGAGCCAACACUAUCCAAUACGUGGGUGAGGUGUGUCGCUACUUACUUAAUGGGCCAGCUACAGAGGACGAAAAAUGGUGUCAUGGAAAAGUCAGACUUGCUGUUGGAAACGGUUUGCGUGCUGAUAUCUGGACCAAGUUCAAGGAAAGAUUUAAGAUCCCUGCUAUAGGAGAAUUCUAUGCCAGUAGCGAGGCUCCUUUCGCUACCACAUGCUACGAGCAAUACGGUAUUGGUGUCGGCUGUAUCAGAAAUCAGGGAUGGCUGGCAGAUAAAGUUCUGAGCGUGAUGUAUUGCCUCGUCAAGACAGAAAAGGACGACGACGCAACGUUAUACAGAAAUGAACAGGGCUAUUGCGAAAAACCUCGCCCAGGAGAAAACGCCGAACUCUUGAUGCACGUCUUGAACCCAAAAAAUAUCAAAGCCACCUUCCCAGGAUAUGUCAACAACGAGGAUGCAACUUACUCCAAGAUUGUGCGCAAUGUUUUUCGCAAAGGUGACGCAUGGAUCAGAACCGAUGAUCUUUUUCAGUACGAUGAGUAUGGUUGCAUCAAGUUUGUCGAUAGACUGGGAGACACGUACCGGUGGAAAUCUGAGAAUGUGAGCACCACUCAGGUGGAAAACUGCUUACAAUCGCAUCCUUCAAUUGAUGUCAGUGUUGUGGUGGGAGCAAGGGUUCCUAAUCAUGAAGGCCGCUGCGGCUACGCUAUUCUUCAGACCAAGUCCAGAAACCAGGAAUCCAACGACGAGAGAAGAAAACUGCUCUUGGAGCUGGGAGAAGUGGUCUGCUCACAAUUACCUCAUUUUGCACGCCCGUGCUUUGUCAGAUUUGACAUCAUUGAGCAUACCCACAACCACAAGAUAUCCAAGAAGAGAUUUAGAGAUCCUGUGUUGCCGUUUGGUCCUUGCAAUAAAGACACGGUGUACUACCUCAACCUCAGCACUAAAAAAUAUGAGCCGCUCACAGAGGAAAUAUACCAGGGCAUUGCAUCCGGAUCAAUACGAAUUUGAAAAAUUACGUGCGGCGUUGCCGCAAACCCGUGCACCUUAAAUUUUUUCCAAGUCUAAUAGAACAGAAUUUAGUCAUCCAUUUCCAUUUAUAUAAGUCGAAUCAUAAAUCCGGAACUUAGUAUUUGAACCAAAUUACGAUGCCAGCGCCAACCGCACCCCACAGCAGAAUGUUCAUGGAAAAUCCACAUGUUGGAGAUAGAUCCCGUCUAGAAGACUGGAGAAUUAGAGGCUACAAUCCACUGACUCCUCCAGAUCUUCUUCAACAUGAAUACCCACUGACCAGCAAAUCUGAGAAGAACAUCUUGGAAGGAAGAGAAGAUGCGUGUAAUAUUCUCAAUGGACACGACGACAGACUUCUGGUAGUUAUUGGACCAUGCUCCCUUCAUGACCCCGAGGCUGCUCUUGAUUAUUGCAACAGACUGUCGGCUUUCAAAGAAAAAGUGAAAGGAGAACUGCACAUUGUUAUGAGAGCAUAUCUUGAAAAGCCUCGUACUACUGUCGGCUGGAAAGGUUUGAUCAACGACCCAGAUAUUGAUGGAUCUUUCAACAUCAACAAGGGACUCAGAAUCGCCAGAGAAUUAUUUGUCAGACUCACAGAAAAGCUGCCGAUUGCUGGUGAGAUGUUGGACACUAUCUCUCCUCAAUUCUUGAGCGAUUUGUUUUCUGUUGGCGCCAUUGGAGCUCGUACAACGGAGUCCCAACUACACAGAGAACUGGCGUCAGGUCUGUCUUUCCCCGUUGGUUUCAAGAAUGGAACGGACGGCUCGCUAGGCGUGGCCGUCGACGCUAUGCGUGCUGCCGCCCACCCCCACCACUUUUUGUCGGUUACCAAGCCAGGUGUCGUUGCCAUUGUUGGUACGGAAGGAAAUAAGGACACUUUUAUCAUCCUACGCGGUGGUAAGAAGGGUACCAACUACGACGAACAGAGCGUAAAGGAGGCAGAGCAAGCGUUGAGCAAGGCCGGGAUUCUCAAAGAGGGAGAAGCCAGAAUAAUGGUGGAUUGCUCCCAUGGCAACUCUUGCAAAGACCACCGUAACCAACCAAAGGUCGCUGCUGAAAUUUCCCGCCAGCUCAGAAAUGGUAAUACCAGCAUCUGUGGUGUCAUGAUCGAAAGCAAUAUCAACGAAGGAAGACAGGACGUGCCAUCACUUGAGGAAGGAGGAAAGGACGCCUUGAAGUAUGGCUGCUCCAUAACUGACGCUUGCAUUGGCUGGGAAAGCACCGAGGAAGUGCUGGAGAUGCUAGCAGAGGCCGUGAAAGAACGCAGAUCGCUCAAGAACAAAAAUUAAGGAGGGUAUUUGGGAACGUUUAUCUGUUUAUAUGGUCUGAAAUGGUUUUAUACAAGAGUUAGUAACGUAGAUCAUAACAUUUGGCUGAGAAUCGUGGAUGCAAUUUUCACGCCUGGGCUGAUAUGUCGGUGGCUAAAGUCUGACAGUUGAGUGGUGUGGCUGGUCAGGUUCUCAAGCUCCUUGGCCAUUUGCUCCUUCACUGACUUGUUCUUCGUGAUCACCACCGCAUUUGUUUCGAGGUCCAAGGCAUAAGCUCUACGAGUGUAGUUUGAGGAGCCUAUAACCGUUAUACUAGGCAUAUUCUCUCCUGAGAGUGACAACCAGAGUCCUUUGGCAUGGUAGGACCAUCCAGUGGGUGUAUUGACAAUGCCAUUCCGCCAUUCCAAAAGUCUAACACAGUCUUUGCGGCGCACUUGAUCUAAAAACAAUUGUGCUUUGUAGAGGUAUGCGUCCGGAAGGUACUUGGAAAUACCUUUUGAUUUAUAGAACGAGUUUGCCUCUGGAGCUGCAGUGAUAACAGUUCCUUGAGCAUGCGACUCAAUAAACCUGGAGCUGAUUUCAGGAUGGAUAUUGAAAUAUCCAGCAGUAAAAGCCCACUUUACGUCGGGAUCAUUGAGGAGUGUCAGCAAGCGCAGAAUUGCAGGCUUUUCAGUGGACCUAUCUGGAUUCAUGAUUGGUUUCAGCGAAGAAACAGGAUAGACGAUAAUCUCAGGGUCAUCAAGGUAUUCAGGUUUGGUAACGGGGCUUCUCAGAAGCGGUUGAACGAGCCUGGUGGACUCUUUGAUGAACCUUUCAACGUUGAGAUGAGGCUCUGAGGCAAAGUUAGACGAUGGCCAUUCUAGGGUAUAUUUUUCAGAGGUUUUGGAAGGUACUAGCUGGUAACUUAUAGAGCUGACUGCUUUUUGCAGGCCAAAAUAGUAGUCCGCUAAAGGUGCAUUCUUGAACAGAUAGUACCUGUCCUGACGGUUGGUAAAGUAGUCUUCCGAGAGGUUUGCACCUGUCAGUACCACUUCUUUGUCAAAUCCACAUAUCUUCAUAUGUUGCAGUCCCCAUCCCUCGUUUAUUCUUUUUGGAAGCAGUGCUUUUUUGAUGCCUGAAAGAUGCGGGGUAUGAUAGAAACGAAUGUUGACUCGCUCCUUGCCAAAUUGUUCCACAAGCGGUGCUAAGAGCGAUGCUGGACUGGGAUUAGGAGACUCUCGCGUGGAACGAAGAUAAUCGACAAGGAUGUCGACUUUGAGCUCAGGCUUCUCAGACAAUGAGUCUUGCAGACAUUCGACAAGCUCGUACUGAGUUUUUCCAAUGUAAAGGGAUGAGAGGAAUAUACGAUUCUCCGCAGAUUUGAUUUUU